UGUCCUGUUUUGGUGAUGUUAGUUCCUGGUUCUGGGAGGGCAGGAUGGCAGGAUGGCACAAGCAACUGCAUAAAAGAAACGACUUUCUCCUGUUCAGUACCUCAGACUGACACUCAGAAGGAAGAAGAGAAGAUAAUUCUGCAACAGGUCAUCAUCUUUGACAUCUGCAUCAACUUCACCAUGAAGAUGCUAGCUGUGUCUGUACUUGUUGUUGCCAUGAUGGCUCUGACUCAUGGUGUUGGUGAGUAUGCAGAGAGUGGAAAUGGGACAGAUGCAUCUAAAAAUGGAAAACAUGUUGUCAAGAGAGCCACUUGUGCCAGUGGUUGGUCUGUAUGUGGAGGACGCUGUUUCCGCUUCUUUCCAACGGCCACGACUUGGUCUGAAGCAGAGAGAGCCUGUCUGGCCCUAGGUGCAAACCUAGCCUCUGUGCACAGCAGGGCUGACAAUGAAUGGGUUUGGGGUUUGAUAAAUAACAAACCAGCAUGGAUCGGAGGCUCUGAUGCACAACAGAAUAAUAUUUGGCUCUGGAGUGAUGGUACACGUGUUGGCUAUACGAACUGGUGUACAGGAGAGCCAAAUAACAAUCAGGGCAGGCAGCACUGUCUACACAUUAAUUGGGAUGGUAAAAAAUGCUGGGAUGAUGUUGAGUGCUUCAUUCGUCGGGGAUAUAUCUGUGCCAAGACACCCUAAUGAUUCCUGGUGAAACACAGAGGCAUGAAGUAUCUGUCAAAAGUUGUGUCAUCGGUCUCAUAUAUAACCUGAAGUCUUCAUAACUCAAAUCAAACUGAAUAUCUUUGCUAUCGCUGUAUCGCUAUUUAAGGAAAGAAGAGACAAGUGACAUGAACAGGAGCUGCUUCUUAGGCCUUCUUUUGCACAACUUUAUUCUGCAGUCUUUCUUCUAUCAUGCAUAAUUAAUAAUUAAUCAUUAAAAGGCUCAAGCAUUUAAAACAA